UCCCCCCACGGGGGGACUGACACUGUCAUCACAGAUCACAGAAUAACCUUUGUGAUCUGUGACUGUCAUCAAAAUGUAAUUACUUAUCUGUAUUUACUAACUAUUAUUACCUAAGCACUUAGAUUGUAUUUUAAUGAUGAUUCGCCCCAAGAGUGUUUUGCUCAUGAAAUCCCAGGACUCUGAAGAUGGCCCGGACAAAUACGAGGACAUUCUCAGGGCGAAUGCUUUUGAGGUUAACCGAGUGAAAACACUGGUUUUCAAUUUUAAAAAUCUCCAGAAAUUAGCCGAGAAAUUGGCAAAUCGUGACGAAUAUAGUGGAGUAAUUUUCUCAAGUCCCAGAUGUGUUCAAGCAGUGCAGUUGUCAUCAGAGAUUUCUAAUCAUUUGGAGCAGUGGAAGGUGAAAGACAAUUUUGUUGUUGGGGAGACCACCUACAAAGCUGCCCUGGAUAAACUGACCUGGAAUUGUACUGGUGGAAGCGCAGGAAAUGCCAAAAACUUAGCCAACGAUAUUUUGAAAAACAAGCUGAAGUAUUCCAAGCCAUUCCUGUUCCCGCAUGGGAAUUUGAAAUCGGAUACCUUGAAUUUGGAGCUGGAGAAAGAAGGGCUCCAGUUGGAUGGCGUGGAGGUUUACGAAACAACACCCAACCCCAAUAUUGAGACUGAUUUUGCGAAUGUUACAAGCCAGUUUCAUUCAAUUCCCGAAUAUAUUGUCUUCUUUAGUCCAUCUGGUUUCAAUUCUUCCAUAGAUUUGAUAGGGAGAGUUGCCACAGACCUCAACAAGCUCAAAUUUAUUGCCCUAGGACCAGUAACUGAGUUGGCAAUUUGUGAUAAAAAUAUGUUGGUUUAUGGAACAGCAAAAAAGCCAAAUCCUGAAGAGCUUCUUAAAGUCAUUUUAAGCUAAUUUUGACUUUCUUCCUACUCAAUUGACUAUGACACAAUUAUGUACUAACUCAAUAUUGUAAAUAAAUAUCAUACUUA